AUGUUCAACCUCAUCCCCAUCAUCCUCUAUUUGACCGGUACUCUCGCAACACCGACCUCCUCACACCCGUCAAACUCAGCUCCACACCUCGAGAAAUCUCACGCUCGACCAAUCGAAACUUACACCGCUCGAGAAGUCAUCACAAAGUUAAACUUAACUGCCAACCCCGAGGGCGGAUACUUGGUUCAGAGCUUUGAAGACCCCCUCAAAUCCUCCAACCGCUCCGUCAGCACAGCAAUCUACUACCUCCUCGAAGGCUCCACAGGAGACAGCUUAUGGCACAAAGUCGACGCGGCAGAAGUGUGGCAUUACUACGCUGGCGCGCCAUUGACGCUCUCGCUGAGUUGGGAUAACGGGACGGCGACGAGAUAUGCGUGUCUAGGACAGGAGAUUUUCGAGGGGCAACGUCCGCAGGUAGUGGUGGGGAGGGAUGAGUGGCAGAGGGCGAGGAGUGAGGGGGAGUGGACGCUUGUUGGGACUACUGUUGCGCCGGGGUUUACGGAGAGUGGGACUGUGAUUAGGGAGGCUGGGUGGGAGCCUUGGGGAGCUUGA